AUGCUAAUCUUCAACCAUUCCAGCUUCACAACCUUCACUUUGGUGGGUAUACCAGGCUUAGAGUCACAGCAUUUGUGGCUAUCUCUUUCCUUCUUCUCCAUGUUUUUGGCUAUCCUCAUUUGCAAUGGUGCUAUCCUCUUCCUGGUGGCAACAGAUCCCACACUCCAUACACCAAUGUAUCUGCUCCUGGCCCUGCUUAUGGUGGCUGACCUCAUAUCCACUCUGGCUCUGUUGCCCAAGCUCCUCUGUCUCUUCUGGUUCAAUCACCGGGACAUAACAUCCAAUGCCUGUUUCACCCAGAUGUUUUUCAUCCAUGGAGCUUCUGUGGUACGAUCAGCUCUACUUGUUGCAAUGGCAUUUGACCGCUUCGUGGCUGUGUGUGAGCCAUUACAUUACAACACAAUUCUGAGCCAUUCCUUAGUUGGACGCUUGGGACUAGCAGCUCUAGCCAAGGGUGUGAUUCUUAUUCUGCCCAUGCCUCUUCUACUUCAAAGGUUGACUUUCUGCCAUGUAGUCAUUCCUCACACCUACUGUGACCACAUGGCUGUGGUGAAAAUGGCCUGUGACCACACCAGGCCCAACCGUAUCUAUGGACUCUUUGUGAUUUUGAUUGUGGUGGGACUUGAUAUGCUGCUUAUUGGUUUCUCUUAUGGUCUCAUUCUGCAGGCUGUGGUGCACCUCAACUCUCGAGAUGCCACCUGCAAAGCACUCAACGCCUGCUCAGCCCAUCUCUUUGUCAUCCUUGUCACUUAUGUGCCUGCACUUUUUUCAUCUUUUACCCACCGUAUUGGUCACAAUAUCCCACCUCAUGCCCACAUUCUCCUUGCCAAUCUCUACCUUCUCCUACCCUCAAUGCUCAACCCUAUCAUCUAUGGUAUAAAGAUGAAGGAAAUGCGGGACAAGGUGGCCAAAUAUCUGUGCAGAGGAACUACAUGGGCUGUGGGCCCUGGCAACAUACCUGUAAGUAAAAGACCAAUGAGGACAGCUGACAAUGCCUUUACCCAACCAUCCAAGAUCCAGUUGUAUUCCAAGAUGAGCUGUAGAAAAAAUAGACCAUGGAGUAGCAUUUUGUUUUGUUUUUUGGCUUACAUGAAGGACCAAUUUGUUUGUACUUUCAUUGAGCUAUGA